UUCAGGCAAUUACAAGGUUUAAAGAAAGAAGGAAGAGAAUGAAAAUUGUCGUUCCGGAGAAAAUAUCGUAGAAAUCUUGGGAAUAGUUUACUUUUUAUAUUUCAGCUUUUGCUUCGUACAAAAAUUCAGUGAAAUACUGACGCAAUACGUCUAACGCACAAACGACUUAACUUAUGAACACUAAAAAGAAUUUUGGCGCAUUUGGUGAAUACAUUAGAAUAACCUCUACAUUUUGUGAUAUAGUUACCACCGACAACAUGUUAGCUGACCCUAUGGAGACUGUCGGACAUUUGAGUUUCACAACUCGAUCAAAGCGUCUUAGAAUUUGUGGUGAUGGUAGUACCUACAAUCAUCGACAUAACGAUGUUAGAGGAUCUGGUUGUAAAACUUUAGAAUUACAAGGUGUUAUUGAUCUUCUCAAACAAUACGAUGACUACGAAGGUGGCGUCAACUGCAGUAUUUGCGCUGUGUACUAUGUUGAAUCCACGAGAAGCAAAAGUGAGGAAUGUUUCUGAUUUUUUUCAUUACUUCGUCAUAUCAAAAGAAUUCAGGACCAUUGGAUAUUGUGGAGGUGCAACUCAAUGAACAAAUUAUUGAUAAAGCUCUUCCAGUAAAUCGCAAUGUGCCAUCGAAAUAUUGCACAUCAACUGAACAAUUUGUGCCAAGUAAAACAUUUGAAUUUCCCUAGGAUGCAAAAAAAACGUAUAUGCUGCUCAGAUUGGUUUAAAGAGAACCCAUGGCUUCAUUAUGAUAUUCAGUAUGAUGCUGUUAUCUGCUGGUAUUGUCUUGAAGGAGUUCAGGCUAACAGGAUUCCAUCUCCCAAGGAAACUGCCUUUUUGACUGGUGUAAGAAACUGGGGCAAAAUUACAGCAAAAAUUGCUGCACAUAGCCGUCCUGGUCCCCAUAUAGACGCUAUCCGCACUUUUCGGUCGAAGACAGGCGUACCUAUGACUCUGAAGAGGUAGCCCAGCAAGCUUUAAAAAUUAUUUUCAAAGCAGUUAGAUUUUGUGGUAAGCAAGGCCUAGCAUUACAAGAGCAUGACCACGAUAUGGGAAACUUUGUAAAUCUCGUAAGGGAAUUUGCUGAAGAAUGCAGUGCAGAAGUAAGUCAGUGGUUUAAGCGGAGGGACAAUUUCCUCUCUGAUACAAUUCAAAAUGAAAUUUUAGAGGCAUAUGCUCAUAACAUUUUACAUGAGAUCAAAAUCAAAGUAGAAAAUUCCAGGUUUAUUGGCAUUAUAUGUGAUGGUACCACUGAUUGCUCUGGCAUGGAACAAGUAUCAAUCACUGUCCAGUACGUUUCUGAAGACCUGAAUGUCAAUGAGGAUUUUCUAGGUUUUUAUAAUCCCCCUGACUGCUCUUUGGAGACACUGACUAAGAUUAUUCUAGAUGUUUUUUGUCGCCUAAACAUUUCACUUGACUCAAAGUUAUGCUGUUUUUCAUUUGAUGGUGCAAGUACCAUGAGUGGAAACAUUUCAGGUGUACAAAUGCGAUUGAAAAAUUUGUUCCCAGGUACAUAUUUUGUACACUGUGGAAACCACUCUCUGAACCUUGUCCUCCAUGAAGUUUAUUCUAAGGUUACCUUUGUAGCUGAUACACUAAACUUUGUUCAUCAAUGUGCCAUUCUUGUAAAAGAGUCGCCAAAAAGAAAAGCACAAUGGACAAAUCUUUGUGGUGAGAAUGUCAUCAUGUUGCAAGCAGUGUGUCUAACUCAGUGGUGCAUUAGAGCAACAGCAUUGAAACGAGCAGAAAACAAUAAGAAUAUUCAAAAUUUUUUGCUUGACCUUCUUAAUGACUCCUUGUUAAGAGCAACAACAAAGGCUACUGUUAAAGGGCUGCUAAAACAAUCUGGCAAAGCUUCCACUUUGUUCGGCAUUAAAAUUGCUGGGGAAAAACCACAGUGACACAGCACCGUCUCACACAUUGUGCCAUAAUGCAUGUACAUAAAAAAAUAUACGAUGAAAACACUUUGCACAUCCUUAUGAAACUUUUCAUUAACAAAACGUGUGAGCGUAGGAAAACUUUGGAAUAUGUUGAUACAAUUUUCUUUAUAUGCGUGUGAAUUAUGGAGUAAUGCAAAAACUCUGCUUACUUCCAUUUUAACACUUCUCAUAGCUUCAUUAUUUCUUUCUUGGUAAACUGACAUUUGAAUGUUCAGAGAAAACUUCAAAAGUAACUAUUAGUGACUUCUCUUGAAGAUUAACAGAAUUUAACCACUACGCCAUAUGCCCGUGGGCGUAGUGGUUAAGAGCGCGAGCUACUGGAUACUGGAUGGUUUCCGUG